ACUGGUUUGGCAUUGGUGGACGAGCGAGCGAGGGAGAGAGCGAUAGUUUGGAUAGUUUGGAUCGAGCGCUCGGCUCUCGGUGAGACGACGCGCUUGAAAAUUCGUUUGUGUGCACCUCUGCCGCGUAUGUCAACGUCGUUGGCUUCCUGAAAGAGCGCGUCCGGGGCGAUCUGACGGCGCGCCUCUGUGGAAAGAUGCGAUUACGGAGCGUGAGAGGCUAGGAGGACAGCUUGUCGACGAGAUCAAGGCGUAAAUAUUUGAAAGAUCCAACAUGUUUUACGCUCACUUUGUGUUGGCCAAGAAGGGCCCAUUGGCCCGGAUUUGGUUGGCUGCCCAUUGGGAUAAGAAGUUAACCAAAGCCCAUGUUUUUGAAACCAACAUCGAGAAGUCUGUGGAUGGUAUUUUGCAGCCCAAGGUCAAAAUGGCAUUACGUACAUCGGGUCACUUGUUGCUGGGAGUCGUUCGUAUUUACUCUCGCAAGGCAAAAUACUUGUUGGCAGACUGUAAUGAGGCAUUUGUUAAGAUCAAAAUGGCCUUUAGGCCGGGCAUGGUAGAUUUGCCGGAAGAACAUCGAGAGGCAGAGGUUAACGCUAUCACAUUACCGGAAGUUUUUCACGACUUUGACACGGCUAUGCCUGAAUUAAAUUUGACUUUGUACAGGGAUGUUGACAUCGAGGCCCAGUUCAGUUUAAAUCAAUCUAGAGCUGAGGAAAUUACAAUGAGGGAAGAUUAUGGAAGCUUAUCCCUGGUUACUCACGAUCAAGGCUUCGGGGACAUGAGCUUUGAUGUGGAGCCACCCGAACUAUUACGACAUACCUCAAACAUAGAUGCCCCUUUAGAUCAAAGACAUAUGUUGUUUACCGACGAUGGCGCUGGAAUAGAGGCUGCGUUAGAACAACAAGAAAAAGAAGCGGUUGCCGGUACAUCAACAGCAGCGCAGCCAAUGGACAUUGAUACUCCAAUUAGGGACGAUGGUUUUGGUGGACAUUUGGGACAAGAUAUGAUAUCGGGAGGCUUAUUCGAAGGAGGCUUAUUCGAUGAAGCCCCUAUGGGAGAGGUUCCUGUACCAGAUGUUAGCUCGAUAGGUGAACAACAAGAACCAAAUGCAGCUGCAGUAGCUCCAUCUGUUCAUGACGAUUCGGAUGAAGAUAUGGGUGAUCAUUUUGGUGGUCCACCAUCCCCAAUUGGCGGUAUGAGUAGUGACGGUUCAAGACCCCCCACACCAGCAACUACAAUUGACACCGCUGGUGGUAGAAUAAGCGUAGCGAGUCGGCGCUUUACCCCAGCUCCACAAAUCGCGGAUGAUCAUGCCAUGGAUGGUCACGAGGAACAACCUGUGUUACAAGAGCAGACGACUUUGUUACACGACGAAGAAGAAAGCUUCGCUUUAGCACCAGUUGAUGCCUCAGCCCUUAAAGGCUUCACAAAAGCGAAACGUAAGAGAAAGCUAAUUGUGGAUGAAGUUAAGAAUAUUUCUGGAGAAGAAAUGAAAGCGCAAUUAUCAGAUACUAGUGAUAUUGUAACUACAUUGGAUUUGGCACCGCCAACCAAGAGACUAAUGCACUGGAAGGAAACUGGAGGAGUGGAGAAACUCUUUGCUCUUCCUGCCAGGCCAAUACCAGCUCGAGUUUUGUUCAAGAAUUAUCAACGCCACUUAACCAGCAAAACUUACGAUCAUGAUGACUUUGGAAGAUUAGAUGGUGGAGGCGAUGAUGUGAUGCCUUUGGAGCAGAUGAGGGACGAGCCUAAAGAGCCAGAACCAGUGUUCGAACAAAGUGGCAUUCAAACGAGGAGAUCCACGAGGAAGCGAAAGGCACCCGCCGACGAGGAGCCACCAUCACCACCACCGGCGGACAUCACGCACCCGUCGACAGUGUCCGAGCCGGUAGAACAGCCGAGUAUGCAAGCUGUUCAGGAAUUAUCCUCGGAACCAUCGCCGGUGCACCAGCCGGAGGUAUCCCUACCCCAAGAACCCGCAGUACCUGACAUAAGCAGCAUCAUGUCAGCCGUCGAUCAAUCUGACAUGAUUGGCGCCGGUGCGUCCUCCGAGCAUCCACUGCUAGGCAUGGAGAUGCCGCAGAUCCCGCCUAACGAGGUUAGCUCACUGCUCGGUUCGACCGAGGAGCACGUGGACGAGCAGCAGCAUCACGACGACGCACUGCCACCCUCCGACUUACCUCAGAUGGAAAAUAUGGGCUACGAUCAGAAUGCACCACCAGUGUCGUACAUGGGUUACGAUGAUCAACACCCACCGGCUCAUACUCCAGGAGCUAUUUCGGAAAGAGGACCAGCCACACCGUGGAACCACGAAGAUUAUGAGUUCCCGCCUUCAGUUGGACCGCAAGAAGAACAACAAAUGGAUGAAACGUAUGAGCAGUUCGAGGAGCGCGUAUUGAACAAGCGCGCGGCACAUAUGUAUCAAGUUAUCAAAAAUAAAUUGGACACGAGAGAUAAUUUAACUCUAUCAGAAAUGACCCACAAAAGCUCUCGUAAACAGGCGGCGCAGAAAUUCUAUACUUUGUUGGUUCUGAAGAAGUUUCAAGUUUUGGAAAUUAAUCAAGAAUGCUCGUACGUUGACAUUUACGUUACCAAAGGCCCAAAGUUCGACAAUCCGGCGCUUUAAACGCACUCAUUUUUCUUUCACGAAUUUAUUACUUUCUAUGCAGAUGAUAGUUACACAUUGGCAUGGUUUCCUUUUCCUUUCCUUUUUACAAAUAAGCGCCAAUUACGUAACUUAUGAGACCACGAGUAUUUAUUUCCCACUAAUAAAAGACCUCGGUAAAUAUGCAUAUAUUAUAAAAAAAAUAUUUAAGAUUAAGGAAGAGUAUAUUUCUACACAAACUUUGUUAGACGCUAAAAGAUAAGAUGAUGAUUCAAUCGUUUGAAGUUUUAUUCGAUAUUCGAUUUCAUGAGACACUUUUUACAGAAUUACACAUUCAAGUUUUUCUUAUAGAUUUCAAAACAUAAUAAUGAGAAUUAAAAACGAAUGCAUAUCUUUUUGUAUUUCAUUACUAAAAAAUUAAUCUGUUAAAACGUAUUACGUGCGAAUGAGUUUUAACAAAUACGACGAUUUGGUUCCAUUGUGCCCGAUUAACUCGUCGAUUACAAUGGGCCCGAUAUAUUUAUAAAGAUGUUAUUGUUGAAACUCAAAAUAAAUAAAAACUUGAGUAUAAGGAGAGA